AUGGAAGGGGUCAAGGUAGAGAAACAAGCGCGGCAGAUCCCUCUGGCGAUAAGUAUACCAAUAAUGUGUGUGGUUGGUUCGCAGUUUUAUGUGAAUUUGUUACUUUGUGAAAUGUCAGAUCCGUAUGAAGUUUUUAUCGCGAUUUUAGUUGGGAUCUUCUCAUUUACUACUCAAUUAGGAAAACGGUCUAAGAAUAAGAUCUUGGGCGGGUCUUUGGCCUCUGGUUUGCUCUUCUUUCUGCCGGGUGGAUGGUUAAGAGCGGCGUGUAUUGGGUUUUUUGGGUCGUAUCUGCAAACAGUUGGUGAAGUGUACACGAUUUCGCUUUCUUUGAAGUCGUUUCGCUCGGAUGCAGUUAGUCUUUACAACCUGUUGUUGACGGUUUUAUCGGCUUCUAUCUUCUUUGCUCUGGCCUUUUUGCCGAUUAAGAGUGUGAUGGAUUCGUUCUUCUUUGUGAUUCCUGUUCUGUGUAUGCAGGGCGUGCUGGUAUGGUUUGGUGUGCCGGCACCGCCUUUGGAAAUACUUAAGGAGAAAGGCAACGAUUCGGUCCUCUAUGAUGAGGUGUACAAGAGUUUGGCCGCACUGUUUCAUAAGGCGGAGUUUGCGGACUUUCACCAGGAGUAUGCUGAGUUGGUGGAUCAUGAUAGUGGCACACGGAUUCCUCCUAAGACUAGGUUUUGGGCGGUGGUAGAGAAGGUUAAUGUUUCUUUCUUAUCAACUGCUCUUUUAGGUGUUCUAUCAACGGAAUCAUCAAACUCGGCUUAUUUAGUGAUCUUUGCGAGUACGACUAUGUUUAGUUGGUUGCAUGCGAAUAAGAUGCCGGAACGGCACGUGGAAAUGUGUGUGCUGAUGGUUAGCACUCUUUUACUCUUUGUAGUUCUGUUGUAUGAAGUGAGACCGAUGUUUGUUAUUAUUAUGGCCUGUAGUGUCUAUUUGGUGCCAAGUGAGGAUGGAUAUCUUUCACUGGACUCGUAUGUCAUUGUAGUAGCCAAUGCAGCCAGAAGUGUUCUGGGAGCUUUUCUAUUUGCCUUUAUGCUCAGGGACAAGUUGGUGUAA